UCAUAGCAGUCCAGUCGAUCUGUGCUAGUUGACGGGAUUGGUGGCAAAAGGUGGAACUGUAUAGUUGCACACUAGCAAAACUAUUAGAAAACAAAAAUACAAAACCGUUCCUCAUUUGUGCGUUCGUUUGCUUUCGCCAUUGAUCGAGUGCUGGGUUUUAGUUUUUGCGGUUACCGUUGACAUCAUAUUGAGUAGUUCAAAUAAGUGAAACGAUGUUGCAUAAAAACUCAAGGAAACCCCUGGAGGCUGAAUAUUAUCAAGCUUCAAAAGGAAUAGUUUUUUGGUGACCUAAGACACGAUGUUAUCAUCGAAGUGAAAUGUGGUUAUGUGAAUUUAUUAAAAUCAGUGUAGUGUUUUGGUGUAAUUAAUUCUUUAUUCAGUACGAACUUGAUGCGUGUGAAAGCAAUGCUUUGUUGCGUUACAGUUAAUACAUUUUGGCUAAUAUUAUUAGUUUGUAUAUUUAUUCGUCCAGCAUUAUUUUCCGAAGUAACAGUGAUAACCGAUCCGAAGUUCAGUACACCCAUCUCUAAUGUUACCGCCGCCGUUGGACGCGAAGCGACCUUAACAUGUGUAGUGCAUGAUUUAGGUGCUUAUAAGGUCGCUUGGUUACGGGUCGACACGCAGACUAUCCUUACCAUCCAAAAUCAUGUCAUUACGAAAAACAAACGCAUUGGAAUUACAUACACUGAGAAAAAAACUUGGCAACUACGCAUCAAGGACAUCCGUGAAACAGAUCGAGGAUGGUAUAUGUGCCAAAUCAAUACGGAUCCUAUGAAAAGUCAGAUGGGUUACUUGGAUGUUGUAGUGCCACCGGACAUACUGGACUAUCCAACGAGCACCGACAUGGUGGUACGAGAAGGCAGCAACGUGACGCUCCGAUGCGCUGCUGUAGGAUCACCUGCCCCUGCAAUUGUGUGGCGCCGUGAGGCUGGAGAUAACAUCUCACUUCAAGACGGUGAACAAGUAUCAUCCGUCGAAGGUCCAACGUUUACAAUACCAAAAGUCAACAGACUGCACAUGGGUGCGUAUCUGUGCAUUGCGUCCAAUGGAGUACCACCAUCAGUAAGCAAACGGGUAAUGUUGAUCGUACACUUUCCUCCUAUGAUAUGGGUACCUAAUCAACUGGUUGGAGCGGUUGAAGGUCAACGGAUGACUCUUGAGUGUCACUCGGAAGCGUACCCUAAGUCAAUUAACUACUGGACCCGCGAGAAGGGAGAUAUUGUUCCCCAAGGUGGCAAGUACGAGCCGGUUCUGAUAGACAAUGCCUACAAAGUGGUGAUGAAGCUUAGCAUCAAGGUUGUGAGCCUAGCCGAUUUUGGUGCCUACAAAUGUAUCGCCAAAAAUUCCCUAGGGGAAACCGACGGAACCAUCAAACUAUACAAGCUACCAAAAAGUGCUAUCAACUCAGUGGAAACAGUGGAUGGCAAACGAAGAAAUAAAUCACGAAAAGGUAGCCAUUUUUAUGAAGCUAAUGAUUUCAUCGAUGAAGAAAUGGAUAGCAAUAGCAAAAGAAAAGAUUUAAUAAUAGGUGGUAAUCGAAAUGAUGACAGCUACGAAAUAUCAACAACUGGAGUCAGUGGGGCUGUGUGUUUGAAAGAAAUGAUAUUCAGAAAUAUGAAAACUAUUAUAACUGUAGCUGUUUUGCUUUUUGGUUGGAAAAUAGAAGCAACAUGACAUUUAGAAUGAGAUAGUACAGUUAUCCAAUAGUAAAACAAAUUUUUCGAAUGUUCAGUUUCAGUUUGGCAUAGCAGAUGCUAUUUUUCUGUUGAAAGCUAUUAUUAUAUGUAGUUGAUUUGUUCAGAUUAUUGGAUUAAAUAUGUUUAAAUGAUUCAAACCAUGUUGCUACAAACUAUACAAAGAAAAUAUAGUAGGGAAAUAUACGCUAGAAAAGAAAAUUAGCUAGUAAUUGUAAAUAUGCAGCUAUCAAUAAUAAGUUAUAUCCAAACCAACAAACAAAAGCAACAUCGAUACAUAUCCUUAGAGUAAAGAAUAACAUAAAGUAAGAAAAACUCAACCGAAAUCUAAUGCUUGUAUUACAAAAAUGCAUGACACAUCGGCUUUAUAAGCGUACAUGAGUAUCAUAUUGAGGAAAUGUAGGUAACAAGGAACUGGAACUUAUCACAAGCGAAUUGUAACGCUUAUUGUCAGGUAAAAUGUUAUAGAAUAAAAUAUUUUUAUGGAAAUAAAUAGAAAGACGAAACAAUA